AUGGAAGUCCACUACAGAAUCAAGCUAAGUGACUGGAAAGCAUCUACUGAGACAGGAAAUGCUUUAUAUGGUCAUCAAGACUCGGAGGAAUGGAAGACCAAUGAGGAGCUACGCAUAUAUUGCUAUGGAAACGUAGAUGAAGCCAUCACUAUCCAGACCAGCACACAUGCGUUCACUGUGGAUCUCCAAAGACUAGCAGCUUGCAGUGAGUAUUUCCGAGCCUUGUCCCAGUCCAGAAUGAGAGAAACUACAGAAAACUUCAUCUAUUUGGAGCAUGUGCCAUCGUCCGUUUUCCACAAUCUUCUGGAGUUUUCGUUUUAUGGACGGUUUUCAGUCCCACCAGAGGACCUGGCCUCACACAUACAGGUUUGUAGCUAUCUUGUGGCUGAGUCCUUCCUUGCUAAGUGCGUGUCCGAGUUUGCGUCUGAACUAAGCCCACACAACUGUGCAUCCUACGUGACCCUGGAGAGAGAGACCUGCUGUCCAGAGCUGAGGCAGGCCAUCUUUAAAUAUCUGAAGAACAACAUGCUGGAGCUACCCCAUGUCAUCAGGAGCCUAUAUGAAGAAGAAAAAGAAGAACUGGUCCAUCUGAGGACUGAUGGUGCCCUACACCUGUGCUGCCUCAGAAAGGAAAACCUCACUUCAUGGACUGAUCCGCAAACAGAACAAGCCCGGUAUGUCUUUGUUCUGGAGGGGCCCGAGGAGACUGGGGAGUGGAGGCCGCUAACAGAGCUCCCCUUCAGAGCCGAUAAAUGGUGCUUCACUACAGUGGUCCUACACAACUACCUAUACAUCAUAGGAGGGUACCGGCAGCGCACCAAGAGAGGCUGGGACUUCAAAAUGUCUUCUUUUAGAUAUAACCCUUUCACUAACACAUGGGUCACUACAGCACCACUGAUAAAGUGCCGUAGACACUUCAGCGCAGUGGCCUGCUCUGGCAGUAUUUACGCUGUAGGAGGCUGGUACUUGGACUCAUUGGUGACCCCUGACUCCAGCACAGCUCUGUACACAGCUGUGGAGUGCUAUGAUCCUUGGGAGGACACAUGGAGGUUGGUCUCCUCUCUGCCACUCACAGACUUCCAGUUCACUGUAUCUCUGUCUCAUGAUGUGCCUCUGGCUGCCAGUCGUGGACACAGUUUUUAUGUUCUGGGAAACAUUCAAAGAACUGGUGAAAAACUGCUCCUUCAGUAUGAUACCAGACAAGACUCCUGGUGUGAAAUACUCCCCACACUGACCAGAGGAGAUGCAGACUUACCCACUCUCUACUUCCUGGGUGCUGCAGAGAAACUGUUUGUGAUUGGUGGAAACAUCUCCCAUAAUGUGGUGACAUCAUUUUGUCUACAGUCACAGAAGUGGGAACAGGUGCAGAUGGUUGACAAAGUGGCUUUUGCUGGGCAGGGGACAGUGUCUGGUGGCUGCAUCUUUCUCCCAAGUAUAGAACACAAUACUGUUAUGAAGAUGGAUGUUCAAACUUUGUCUUUAUACACACUCCCUCAGCUGCCUAUUCCUGCCCUCUAUGAAUCUGCCUUCCAUAUGGUCUUAUAA